AUGUUAAAUGAACGACAACACAACGUCCCGCCACUACCCACAGGACAACACAACCUUCCUUCACUACCCACACGACAACACAACCUCCCGUCACUACCCACAGGGCAACACAACCUCACGUCACUGCCCACAGGACAACACAACAUCCCGUCACUACGCACGGGACAACACAACCUCCCGUCACUACCCACGGGACAACACAACCUCCCGUCACUACCCACAGGACAACACAACCUCCCGUCACAACCCAUGGACAACAUAACCUCCCGUCACUACCCACAAGACAACACAACCUCCCGUCACUACCCACAAGACAACACAACCUCCCGUCACUACCCACCAGACAACACAACCUCCCGUCACUACCCACAGGACAACACAACCUCCCGUCACUACCCACCAGACAACACAACCUCCCGUCACAACCCACAAGACAACACAACCUCCCGUCACAACCCACAAGACAACACAACCUCCCGUCACUACCCACGGGACAACACAACCUCCCUUCACUACCCACGGGACAACACAAUCUCCCGUCACAACCCACAAGACAACACAACCUCCCGUCACUACCCACCAGACAACACAACCUCCCGUCAAUACCCACCAGACAACACAACCGCCCGUCACUACCCACAGGACAACACAACCUCCCGUCACUACCCACCAGACAACACAACCUCCCGUCACAACCCACAAGACAACACAACCUCCCGUCACAACCCACAAGACAACACAACCUCCCGUCACUACCCACGGGACAACACAACCUCCCGUCACUACCCACGGGACAACACAAUCUCCCGUCACAACCCACAAGACAACACAACCUCCCGUCACUACCCACCAGACAACACAACCUCCCGUCACUACCCACCAGACAACACAACCUCCCGUCACAACCCACAAGACAACACAACCUCCCGUCACAACCCACAAGACAACACAACCUCCCGUCACUGCCCACGGGACAACACAACCUUCCGUCACUACCCGCAGGACAACACAACAUUACGUCACUGCCUACAGGACAACACAACCUCCCGUCACUACCCACAGGACAACACAACCUUCCUUCACUACCCACACGACAACACAACCUCCCGUCACUACCAACAGGACAACACAACCUCACGUCACUGCCCACAGGACAACACAACCUCACGUCACUACCCACAGGACAACAAAACCUCCCGUCACAACCCACAGGACAACACAACCUCCCGUCGCUACACACAGAACAACACGACCUCCCGUCACUGCCCACAUGGCAACACAACCUCCCGUCACAACCAACAGGGCAACACAACAUCCCGGCACUGUCCACAGGGCAACACAUCCUCCCGUCACUACCCACCAGACAACACAACCUCCCGUCACUACCCACAGGACAACACAACAUUACGUCACAACCCACAGGACAACACAACCUCCCGUCACUACCCACAGGACAACACAACCUUCCUUCACUACCCACACGACAACACAACCUCCCGUCACUACCCACAGGGCAACACAACAUCCCGGCAAUGCCCACGGGGCGACACAACCUCCCGUCACUACCCACCAGACAACACAACCUCCCGUCACUACCCACAGGACAACACAACAUUACGUCACUGCCCACAGGACCACACAACAUUACGUCACUACCCACAGGACAACACAACCUCCCGUCACUAUCCACAGGACAACACAACCUUCCUUCACUACCAAUACGACAACACAACCUCCCGUCACUACCAACAGGACAACACAACCUCCCGUCACUACCCACGGGACAACACAACAUCCCGUAACUACCCACGGGACAACACAACCUCCCGUCACAACCCACAAGACAACACAACCUCCCGUCACUACCCACGGGACAACACAACCUUCCGUCACUACCCACAGGACAACACAACAUUACGUCAUUGCCCACAGGACAACACAACCUCCCGUCACUACCCACAGGACAACACAACCUUCCUUCACUACCCACACGACAACACAACCUCCCUUCACUACCCACAGGACAACACAACAUUACGUCACUGCCCACAGGACAACACAACCUCCCAUCACUACCCACAGGACAACAAAACCUCCCGUCACAACCCACAGGACAACAUAACCUCCCGUCGCUACCCACAGAACAACACGACCUCCCGUCACUGCCCACAUGGCAACACAACCUCCCGUCACUACCCACAGGGCAACACAACAUCCCGGCAAUGCCCACAGGGCAACACAAUCUCCCGUCACUACCCACCAGACAACACAACCUCCCGUCACUACCCACAGGACAACACAACCUUCCUUCACUACCAACACGACAACACAACCUCCCGACAACACAACAUUACGUCACUGCCCAUAGGACAACACAACCUCCCGUCACUACCCACAGGACAACACAACCUUCCUUCACUACCCACACGACAACACAACCUCCCGUCACUACCCACAGGCCAACACAACAUUACGUCACUGCCCACAGGACAACACAACCUCCCGUCACUACCCACAGGACAACAAAACCUCCCGUCACAACCCACAGGACAACAUAACCUCCCGUCACUACCCACAGAACAACACGACCUCCCGUCACUGCCCACAUGGCAACACAACCUCCCGUCACUGCCCACAGGACAACACAACCUCCCGUCACUACCAACAGGACAACACAACCUUCCUUCACUACCCACACGACAACACAACCUCCCGUCACUACCAACAGGACAACACAACCUCACGUCACUGCCCACAGGACAACACAACCUCCCGUCACUACCCACAGGAGAACAAAACCUCCCGUCACAACCCACAGGACAACACAACCUCCCGUCGCUACCCACAGAACAACACGACCUCCCGACCCUGCCCACAUGGCAACACAACCUCCCGUCACAACCCACAGGGCAACACAACCUCCCGUCACUACCCACGGGACAACACAACCUCCCGUCACUACCCACGGGACAACACAACCUCCCGUCACUACCCACCAGACAACACAACCUCCCGUCACAACCCACAAGACAACACAACCUCCCGUCACUACCCACAGGACGACACAACCUCCCGUCACUACCCACAGGACAACACAACCUUCCUUCACUACCCACACGACAACACAACCUCCCGUCACUACCCACAGGACAACACAACAUUACGUCACUGCCCACAGGACAACACAACCUCCCGUCACUACCCACAGGACAACAAAACCUCCCGUCACAACCCACAGGACAACAUAACCUCCCGUCGCUACCCACAGAACAACACGACCUCCCGUCACUGCCAACAUGGCAACACAACCUCCCGUCACUACCCACAGGGCAACACAACACCCCGGCAAUGCCCACAGGGCAACACAACCUCCCGUCACUACCCACCAGACAACACAACCUCCCGUCACUACCCACAGGACAACACAACAUUACGUCACUGCCCACAGGACAACACAACCUCCCGUCACUACCCACAGGACAACACAACCUUCCUUCACUACCAACACGACAACACAACCUCCCGUCACUACCCAUAGGGCAACACAACCUCCCGUCACUACCCACGGGACAACACAACCUCCCGUCACUACCCACGGGACAACACAACCUCCCGUCACUACCCACCAGACAACACAACCUCCCGUCACAACCCACAAGACAACACAACCUCCCGUCACUACCCACAGGACGACACAACCUCCCGUCACUACCCACAGGACAACACAACCUUCCUUCACUACCCACACGACAACACAACCUCCCGUCACUACCCACAGGACAACACAACAUUACGUCACUGCCCACAGGACAACACAACCUCCCGUCACUACCCACAGGACAACAAAACCUCCCGUCACAACCCACAGGACAACAUAACCUCCCGUCGCUACCCACAGAACAACACGACCUCCCGUCACUGCCCACAUGGCAACACAACCUCCCGUCACUACCCACAGGGCAACACAACACCCCGGCAAUGCCCACAGGGCAACACAACCUCCCGUCACUACCCACCAGACAACACAACCUCCCGUCACUACCCACAGGACAACACAACAUUACGUCACUGCCCACAGGACAACACAACCUCCCGUCACUACCCACAGGACAACACAACCUUCCUUCACUACCAACACGACAACACAACCUCCCGUCACUACCCAUAGGGCAACACAACCUCCCGUCACUACCCACGGGACAACACAACAUCCCGUCACUACCCACGGGACAACACAACCUACCGUCACAACCCACAAGACAACACAACCUCCCGUCACUACCCACCAGACAACACAACCUUCCCUCACUACCCACAGGACAACACAACAUUACGUCACUGCCCACAGGACAACACAACCUCCCGUCACUACCCACAGGACAACACAACCUUCCUUCACUACCCACACGACAACACAACCUCCCGUCACUACCCACAGCGCAACACAACAUCGCGGCACUGCCCACAGGGCAACACAACCUCCCGUCACUACCCACCAGACAACAUAACAUCACGGCACUGCCCAGAGGACAACAUAACCUCUCGUCACUACCCACAGGACAACACAACCUCCCGUCACCACCCACAGGACAACACAACCACCCGUCACUACCCACAGGACAACACAACCUCACGUCACCACCCCCAGGACAACACAACCUCCCGUCACUACCCACAGGACAACACAACCACCCGUCACUACCCACAGGACAACACAACCUCCCGUCACCACCCACAGGACAACACAACCUCCCGUCACGUUACUUCCUAUUCACAUGCCACAUUAUCAUGGGUCUACCCAAAUACCCGUCACGACUCACAGGGGUGGCUACCCAGUCAUCUGUCACUUCCCACGGGCCUACCCGUGAUGUAAAGUUUUAUUUAGUCGUGAGAUAA